UUAGUUGUUGUAGUAAAUAUGCUUUACACUAAAUGCAUUUAAGACCAUCAUAAAAUAACUAAUUACAGGUGGAAUUAUGAUAUUUCCUCCCACUAAAGUGUCCUGUGUACAUUUUUGCCUUUAACUCGUUUUUGUUUCUCUUUUACUGCCCAGUUUUUGUUCGGAAAGGUGCGACAUAUUUUCUCACGCACCCACUUUUCCCUCCCAUAGGAGCAGGUAGAGUGUAACCCAUCAGCUGAUUUAAACAAUGCACACACUUUAUUUUAAAUCUCCGGCACGGCACACCCUCGCCCUUUGGCACACAUGCAGCAGGUUUAAGCCUUGCCAAAAAAAAAAAAAAAAAAAAAAAAAAAGAAAGAGAAAAUUUGCGCACGGGCGUCCAUGUGGCACACUCCGUGGCUGUACAUUAAAACAAACAUCCCACGGAAGCAGCCAAUGGCAGCCGAUCCUCGUGCAGAGAUGCUGAGACGCGGAGGGGAGGGGGCAGUUUAGGUGGGUGGGACAAACAGCGGCAUAGAAAGGGGGAUGCUGCAGCCCCGUCCUCCUCAUAUCUCUCUCCACCCAGCCCUAGAAUAAAAUCCACCGGUGACGUGCGCGCAGAGAAGCACCCAGCAGUAUGUGCGCGCCCACGGGAGGGGCCGACAGAAAAUGGCGAGUCUGUGCAAAAGGCAGCAAUGCACGAUAGAGAGGCGCGGCUUUCGGCAGGAACUUGACUCUUGGAGGCACAAACUCAUUCACUGUGUAGGCUUUGAAAGCAUCUUAGAGGGCUUGUUUGGGCCGGGACUAGUCAAGGACAUCACUUUUUUUCAAGACUGCGAGCCAGAGGAAGUGUCUGACUGGUCCUUCGAUGAAAACUGUCUCUUCUGCUGCUUAAGACGAGAGAAAAACAAGGAGCACAUCGUGGAAAACGGUGGAGGCGGCCACGUGCUGACGGAGUGUGAGGACUUCAAACAGGGGCAGUCUCGGAUCAGCCGGCUGGAGAGACAGGCCCGAGACUUCCUCAAUGCUGUGUUCCACAGAAAAGACCUCCCAAGUUUCUCUGACCCUCACAUUCCUCUAGUGGCUCGUGAGAUCAUGCAGCGAAUGAUCCACCAGUUCGCUGCCGAAUAUACCUCAAAAACUACUCAGGAAGACCUGCCCCUGCCCAACGGCACCAUGAAGGACCAAAGCCUGCCGAGAGCGGUGUCUCUGCCACCCGCCCCGACCUCCCCGACCGGGCCCACGCCCAGCUCCCCUCCGUCGUCGGCCUCCUCCUCUCCGUCCCCGACUCCGGGAGCGGGCUUCAGCCCCACCGCCGUCACCUCAGCCCCCGCCAGCAUCCAGAGCAGCAACGGGACGGGAGCCGGCAACAGCGGAGGGGGAGGAGGAGGUGCGGCUGCUGCCUCUGCACAGAACCCGGUCCUCAGCAAGCUUCUGAUGGCGGACCAGGACGGCCCACUGGACCUCACCGUCAGAAAGGCGCCGGCUGAUCAGGAGCCCAGCCAGCAGGAUGGUGUCUUGGACCUCUCCACAAAGAAGAAUAACAGCAGAGGAAGCCCUACAACUUUACAAGGCUUCACUCUUGCAGCUGGGGACAAAGGACAUUUGCUGAAGGCGGAGCGUACCCUGUCAGAAGUGGAGGAAGAGGACGGCCUGCUGCAGAAAAGUCUGCAGGACGGACUGAGGGAGAGCUACGCCAACUCCAACUCCUUCAAGCCGCCGCUGGCCCGCUCGCUGCGCAUCAAGGAGGAGCUCCUCAGCCAGAAGCACCGCCUCCUGAGCCAGCCCGCCGCUCUCUCUCUGGCCAAUCUAGAGUCGGCCGGCUUGCUUAAUCACGGGCAGUCCCACUCCUUACUCAGCCAAAAGGGCUCCUCUUCUCUCUGGGAAAGCAAGGCCCACCUCGAAAGCCUGAUGAAGCUAAAGCAGGCCGGUGGGGCUCUAAGCGACCCCAAAGACCUGCCUACAUUCCUGGAAAAUCACCACAACCACCAUGGAGCCUUCUCGUACAAGAGUUCCCUCCACCAUCACAGCCACAAUCAAGCCUCGAAGGCUCAGCACCACCACAACGACGGGAAGCGAGAGCAGGGCCAUUCGCCGCCCGUCGACCUGAAGAUCCCACAAGUGCGGGGCAUGGAUCUGUCCUGGGACUCCCACGCCUCCGAGCUGUACGGCUACGGCGCCAUGGGCGUCGGGUCGGGAGGUCAUGGCGACAACAGUCUGAGCCGGAAGCUGAGAGCCAUCUUGCCCAAACAGAACCGGCGCGGCGGAAGCCUGGGAAGCCUGCUGGACGGGGCGGCGGAGUAUUGGAACGCCGACAUAGACAGUUCCACCUCCGGCCCGGCGUACUCCAUCUCCGACGUGGAAGUGGACCCGAGCUCCAAGCAGCCGAGGAAGAAGAGGGGCCGCUACCGCCAGUACAACAGCGAGAUCCUGGAGGAAGCCAUAGCCGUGGUGAUGAGCGGGAAGAUGAGCGUGUCCAAGGCACAGAACAUGUACGGCAUCCCGCACAGCACCCUGGAGUACAAGGUGAAGGAGCGCAUGGGAACCCUGAAGAACCCCCCAAAGAAGAAGCUGAAGCUGAUGAUGAAGAUGGAAGCAGGAGGCCCGGAUUUCCCGGCGGAGCCAGAGAACUCAGCCGCCACGACCCCUCGAGACGACGGGCUGGCGCUAGCCGCUGCCGAGCUGAAGGAAAAUGCAAAGGAGAAGGCGGACGACGAUUCCAAACCAAUCGACUAAACAACCCACACGACGUACGUCACUUCAAACACGGAUGGGGCUUUCUUUGUGCCAAUUUGCUUUGCAGUAUCUGGGUGAGCACAAACGGAGGGAUGGAAUGAGGAGGAUUCCUAAAAAACUGCAGAGAAACAUCUAAUCGGACACUUUUUAACCGCCUGCGAGGCGCAGAGCGAGCAUUUGUUUAGCUUUUAUAUCCAAAGCUGAACAAAUGCAACGAAGAACAAUAGUUAAAUAAAAGACAAUUAAUGGAAAUUCUUUAAGCAUGCUGAUAAUCCCCAGCCCCAAAAACCCCAUCCUCUCCUUUACUGAACUCUACACACGGAUCUGUUGCUGCUUAUAAAUGGAGUUUGGGCUUUGGAUGAAUUCUACUCUGGGGAAAACAAAUGAAUGUUCAAAAUUUACAAACAAAAUCCGACCAAUUGGACCCGUUGCCACUCCCCUCUCUCAUAGAGAAUUUUCUGAAAUUGGUAAGUGAACUGUUUCUUACGUUUGAAGCCGACUGUAGGGUUGAAUCAUCCCAUCGUUUCCUCACACGGGUUCGGAAUCAAACCCAUUCUCCUCUUGCCAGGUAGCCAUGAUGCUUUAACUGCAAAACUCUUUUCUUUCCUCCUUAAGAAUAUAAUCUCUGUGCAGACGAAAGCAAGAUUAACCCGUCCUCUUGUGAGCAAGAGAAGACACACAAAAGUCAUUCAGGGAUGCAUGUUUGUGAGUUUCGUGGACACUACUGACUUCUGUAAUCAACUCCUUUUCUUCUCUCUUUUCUUUUCGUUUGGUUUGCUUUCUUUUGCACUACACUUUGGGUCUGGCGCUCACAGACCACGUUACCUCGGCAUUGUUGCCCAUGCAUCAUGCACUUAUUAUGGUCUGUCUCUGAAGCCCAGUCGCAACCUUGCAACGGGUCAGAGGUGCACAUCGCCUUCGAAUGCUGAUUCAUAUUCAGAAGCGGGACGCUCUGAAUUCACCCUCGUCUUUUUUUUUUUUUUUCCGUUUUGGUUUCAUUUUCACGCCAAGGGACAACUUGAAGGAUACUCUGAUUAUGGAUCAGCCGUUUUUAGGGCGGGAUGCUACCUCAUGGACCUCCUUCAGUCUGCUGAUCCUGGAAAAGGUGGAGCCACCUUCAGGUUGCCCUCCAAAAAAAACCCACAAAAAAACGGUGACCAAAGUGAGCUCGACACCCUCAUGGAACGGUUUCUGGACGACGGCGGCGGCCUUUUGGGAUCAGAAUGUGAAACUGUGCUGCUAUCCAGUUCAUCGUCUCGACUCCUACGAAGGCUUUUAGCGGGCCCAGGCUGAAUCUUUUGAACUUAGCUAAUAACAACUUACUGCUGAUGUGUUUUUCUUUUUCUUUACUAAUCAGACUAAGCAAAAGCAGCUUAGUUGAGAAGUUUUUAAACAAAUUCCUCCCCUGCUCAAACGUCAAAGACAGUUUAAAAGGCAGUUAUGUAUGAAACAAUGUGCAUUUAUGGAGGGGUGGUUUGGUUUUGGGGUAAUAUGCAGUGGGCAGGAUUAGCUGUUAGGUGGGGAGAGGCAAAUUUUAAUAUAUUUUAAGUUAUUGUGACCGAUUAUGUAAAAGCCAAUCCAUGAUUCUGGGUGUUUUUGUUUUCUCCGCUCAUUUUUAACUCAGGGUAACUGAGACGGAAGACGUGGGUUACCAAUACGGUGAUUUCUUGUUGGACCUAUAGUAGACAGAGAGGAGGACAAGACGAGCCUCUCGCUAAUACUUUCGAUUAGGAUGGCGGUGCCAUUACAGAACAGACCUGCUACUGAAACACAGGAGGGGAUCAGGAAACGCUUAACGAUGGGUUUGUGAUUUGAACGUAUUGAACUAAAAUAGCACUUUUUUCCAAGAGAGAGUAAAACAAGUUUGAGGUUAUGCAUGUAGUGUAGCUUUUCUUCACGGCAGACGGAGCAGAGAGGGAUGAAAAAGCUUUAGUGUGUGACGAACUUCAGAAAGUUGCAGCCCGAACCCAAACAACUCUUUGUCUUUCUUUCUGCUGCGGUUCUUUCUGGCUGAAAGAGGAGAAGGAAAAAGACCUGGAAUAAGUUUGUUUUUGUGUAGCGUCUCAUUGAUUUCCCUCCUCUGAUUGAAAUGUUGCUCUUUGCUCUCGACACUGCCUACUGUUCACCCAGUCUGAGACUUUAACUCUUCUCAGAUGAAAUGAUGAUUCACUCCUUUUGGAAAUGUUUGUUGUUAUUUAUUUGAUUUUAAAAUGGCAUGCACCGUUGCUUUCUCUUUUUUUUUUUUUGUUUGGCUGAGUUUUGUGUUAAACGUUAUUGUUGGUAAUUGGUCACAAUCUAAUAGAAAUUGGCCUGAUCUACAAUCUUGGACCCCCUAAUUUUGUGGUUAUUGGAUUUCCACAGUGGGAUUUGUUGUUAAAAAAGUGAAACAAAGAUCCGUGGGGUCGUCCUGCAUAAAAUGCACCCAACACUUAGCAAUGCGAAGCGUUGAAAGUGUCUAAAAUGUCGCGUCCAGCGAUGAUGAAAACGCGAUCAAAGGUUAGUUUUAAAAAAACAAGAUUAGUGUUGGACUCCUUCCUUUAUUAAAAAAAAAAACAAAAAAAAACUGCUUGCCACUUUCAUGUAAUGCAUGUAAAGCAUAAAAAAAGAUGUGAAGAAUCAUCAUAAUUGGCAUUAAAUGCAGACAAAUUCAACCAGCACUUAGAGCGAAUUCCCCUGAGGGGCAAAAAGUGUCAACAAUUUACAACGAUCCACAAAAAAAUAUUCUCUUUUCAGGCGUUUACGGUUAUUUUUGUGCUUUAUUCUGUAGUUUUGUACAAACUAGUCGUUUCCUUUUGGUCUGUUCAGCCGGAUCGUUUCUACUGAGGUGCAUGCCAUUUCAGGUAUAUAUUUAUUUCCUGAUUUUCUUUUUUUUUUGAGUGUAUAUGGUUAACAUAUCCACCUGUCCAAAAAAACAAAAUACCCCCUUUAAAAUAAGACUCAGCACAUAAUGUUUAACAAAAGAGACCUUGCAUUCUUAUUUUCAUGCAAAGUAGUGAAAACCUCAUUUUUUAACAGACUGUUGUGAUUUUUUAUUAAAAAUUUUUUUAUGCUGGUUUCAUCUGCAGUAUAAAUACUCCACUUGUAGCCUUGGUACUGUAACUGUCUCAGGUUCUGCUCACAGCUUGGGCCGCCAUAUUUGUCAGUCAGCAAACGGCACAACCUGAACUACCUACACUUUGUUUAACGGACGGAUGACACAUUAAACACGUGGCAGGAAACCGUGCCUUCAAAGCCGUUUCACCCUCGGGAGGUUUCUCCUAGCAUCAGCAAAAGAGGCAGAGAAAAAAUAAGACUUUUUUCUCGUCUUUUCCUGGUUUUAAACUCAUCCACUGUAACACAACAACACAUUUUUUUAAAUAAAAAUGCUCUUUAAACUGUUUUAAUAACUGACUAAAGACGCAGGAAGAAAAUCAAAAAAUCCUUGUUUCGAAGUCACAACCACACUCUUCGGUGUGGAUGUUGUUACUGAGGGAAGGAGAGUUAAUAAAGUCAGUAAGGUGUUUAAAACGACGCAGUAGGAGAAAGGAUUUCUACUGUACUUGUAGAUUUUUUCUGAUGUAGAGAAAGAGGCAGAGAAAGCCUCAUAACCUCAGGCUUUUAUAGAGAAAAACAUAUUUUUAUAACUAAUAUUUCAGUAAGAGUUGCAGUUGCAACUUACUGAAAAAUUCUAAUUAAUAAAUCUAUUAUUUAUUUUUUUCUUUAUAGUUCUUAAAGAGAAAUUAGAAUUAACUAAAAUUGGCUAUGUUAAGUCGAUGCUGUUAAAAUUGGUGCACUGCAAAACAAAAUUAAAUCUUACCAAGUGUUUUUGCUCUUAUUUCUGGUGCAAAAACAAGUAAAGUUUCAGGAAGAAAUAGAAGCUUAUUUUAAGUCAACAAUACCUUAAUAUUCAUUUAAAAAAAUUGUUUUCCUGGCAUUUUAAUUCUGUAACAAUACAUUUUCCCCAUAAUAAAAAUGAAAUAAUCUGCCAGUGCAGCCAUUACGUUUUAUAGAUGUUAAAGAAUUAUUGACUUAAAACACCAUCCUAUUUCUAUUUUCUAUUAUUUCAAGCUAUUUGUACUGGAAACAAGUUUUGCUGGACGAUAAAUUGUUCCAGUAGUUAUUGCGAUAACGAUAAUAUUAUUUUGAGUCAAUUUUCAAGUAGUGUAACUACAGUGACAUGAUAGUGCAAAAAUAUAUUCUGAAAGAUCAAUAAACUUUAAAUUAAUGACAAUUUAACCCUAGAACUGGGCGACAUUUUAAAUAUCCAAACAAAACAACAAAUAAAAUGAAUUGUGAAGUCUCUGUAAACAAAAUUAUCCUUCCAAA